UAGAAUGCUAUCAGAACAAGUAUGAACAUGGAAGUACAGGCAACAUGAGGGGACGCGUUUAGAGAGGCAGAAAAAAAAAGAAGAAGGCACAUGAACACACAGGAAGUAGGAAGUGUGAUCUGCGAUAUCUCUUAUUUUGUGUGUGUUGUGUUGAGUGUGUGUAAAUGUGUGUGCUUGGUGGGGUUGUAUGUGUGAAAUGAAACGCUGACCUGUGCUAUGAGUUAAGGACAAUGUCUCUGAAACUACCUCGCAAUUGGGACUUCAGCACCUUCAAGGCUGAUACAGCUCGCAUAGCACGAUCCAAGAGUGUGAUACCUGGAGAGGGAAGCCCUGGUUCAGGCUCGCCGCGCUCCUCCAGGUCCAUGGAGAGGCCUCUGAAGGCCGGCUGGCUCAAGAAACAGCAGAGGUCUUUGGUGAAGAACUGGCAUCAGCGCUACUUUGUGCUGAGAGGAAGCACACUGACCUACCACAAAGAUGACAAGGAGACCACAGUCCAGGGAGUUAUCCAGCUGCGGUUCAGUAAAGUGAAUGAACUCCCUCUGAACUCAGAUGAACCUGGGAAGUACCUCUUCGAGAUCAUACCACGUGCAACUGGAGACCGAGAGCGAUGCCCUUAUGUGUUUAUGGCAAACUCUCAGAGCGACAUGGAGGAGUGGGUCCGCAUCCUGCGCAGGGUCAUAGGAGUCCCAACAAGCGGAGUGUUUGGAAAGGCUCUCAUGGACACAAUCACAUACGAGCAGCGGUUUGGGCCCCACAUGGUGCCGAUCCUGGUGCAGAAGUGUGUAGAGUUCAUCAAAGAGCACGGUCUCGAUGAGGAGGGUAUUUUUCGCCUGCCGGGUCAGGACAAUGCUGUCAAACAGUUCAGAGAUGCCUUUGACGCAGGAGAGAGGCCCUCCUUUCCCAGUGACACAGACGUCCACACUGUGGCGUCACUUCUCAAACUCUACCUGCGUGAGCUGCCUGAGCCGGUGGUGCCCUGGACUCAGUACCAGGACUUUUUGGACUGCACCAUGCUGCUGGAUUCCACCAACACAGAGGGUUGGGAGAAGUUGGAGAAACAAAUUGCUCUCCUGCCAAAGAUAAACUACAACCUUCUCAGUUAUGUCUGCAGGUUUUUGUUUGAGGUGCAGCUCCACUCCAGUGUAAAUAAGAUGAAUGUGGAGAAUUUGGCCACAGUGAUGGGGAUCAACCUGCUGAAGCCUCAGAUAGAAGACCCCAUUACAGUGAUGAAAGCGACUCCCCAGAUUCAGAAGCUGAUGACAGUGAUGAUCAGACAACAUGAGGCUUUGUUUCCUCUCUCCAAAGACGUGCUCCCCGCCUCUCCCUCCACUAAGGCUGAGAGCCAGAAGAACGCUCCUCGAAGCUUUGUGGGCUGGGAGUCUGCAGAGAUGGGUGAUGCAUCUCUCUCUGAGUCUCCAGAAGAAGAGGAGGACAAUGACAGUCCAGGUCCAGAUAAAGGAAGCUUCAGCCCCCAAAAUACACUUCAGGAGCCCUCCUCACCCUCCACAGAUGACUGGCCUGGAAAUCCCCGCAAACGCACUCAGACCCUCCCCACCUUCAACUGUCCCCUCUCCGGGAUGGCAGCUAAAGCCGAGGCCCUCAACAGGUGGAGUCGUAUCCAGGAGAGCGCAGAGGAGAAGAGCGGGACAUUAUCAGAGGACAUUUUUAAGAUCUUAGACCUCCGCGGCUCAGGUUCAUUCUUUGGGAAGUCUCAGUUUAGCAACAAGGGGGGAGAGGACAGACUAACAACCAGAAGAGGAAGUGAUAACACUGUUUCUUCUACUGCUGGAUCCACAAAACCUGAUGGUGACUCCCAGCCCAGUCCUGUGCUGACUCAUCAGAAGAGUGCAGGAAACCUGAGACAGAGUGGUUCAGUUCAGAGGGUUAACAGCGUGUCUGAGCCGAAGAACGACGGAAAGCAGCUUUUAGACAGUCUGCAGCAGGAGAACAAGGAGCUGAAGGCCUCGGUAGCAGAGCUCCAGUCCGCUCUGGAGGCAGAGCGCCGUCGUGUGGCCGCUCUGGAGAUCUGCCUGAGAAAUGCUGAGCGCACCCGGGACGAGGCCCAGAAACGCAACCAGGAACUACAAAGAGACAUUCAGCAGUUCCUCUCCAAAAAGCUACAAGCUCCCACCUAACAGUCAUCCUCAUUUAAACCUGGAUUUAUGAUGUUUUAGACUUAACAGAGCUCAGGAACCACAAACUGGUAUGGGAAAAGUGUCCCUGUUGGGGUGAUGGAUUGAGCUUUGUUUGAUUGUUAAGAUAAAUUAUUGGCUUAAGUGUUUUACCUGAAAGAAAGUGUUAAAAGACUGAAAUAGGAUUUAUAAUGAGCAUGUAAAUCAAAGACUUAAAACUGUUUAUUCCUCCCUAAUGAAGGAUUCACUUCACAGUAAAUGAACUGUGUUAUUCUAGUGUAGCUGGAGGAAAUGGCACACCAUGUCUAAAAGAUAAAAAUAGAACUAUUCACAUUUAUAUGGGCAUUUCAUAACUUUGCAAUGCAACAGCUGCUUCGACUAAUGUCUCUGAUCAGAGAUGAGCUGCAGGGUCAGAUAAAACAUCACUGUAACAUGUUCCUAUCUGCUGUCCAGUGAACCCACCAACACUUCAUGCCCCUUCAAUCACAGAAUCAGCAAUAAAAAACAGUGACAAAAAGGCCAGUCUCGUCUUUAAUAUCCAAGAAUCAUCAAGUCAAGAACACCUUUGAAUGUUCAAUCUGUCAUUUUAAAUGAAUCUAAGAACUGUUAUGUCAGGUCAGGUCAGGUAUGGAAGUGUGUGCCAGUCUGACACUUUGUCCUGUACUCCUCUUGCCUCCUGAUGGCCAUCCUCCAGGCCCUUGCCCCAUCUCUCCAGGUAUCCUCCCAGCUUCCUCCUCAAUAACCCAUGUUGUUGCUCCUGACGUCUAGUCCAGCCCACUGGGUCCUGGGCACCCAGUAUGUGGUGAGCUGGAUCAGGCCCAGGAGAGCACCAGGUGCCUGUAAAAGCUGGUCCUCCCCAUCCACGCUCUCCUGAGCACAUCAUCAUUAGACACAUGGUCUAACAACGACACCCAAAGAUGCGCUGCAGAGAAGUUGUCACAAAGGAGUCCAUUGGGCACCGCUGGCCAUCAGUCAACAUCCAGGCCUCACAAGGGUAUAGCAAGACUGGGAGGACCAAGGACUGAAAGACUCUGAAUUUCAUCUGCAUGUUCAGAUACUGGGAGUGCAACACUGUCUUGCUCAGUGAACCCAUCACCACAUCCACAAGUCCAAGUCUGCGGCUGAUCUCAGCCUCACAGUCAGCAGAAGCAUGGAUUACGCUGCACCACUUGUGAAUGCUACUCAGUAAUAUGUCACAUUAUAAAAACACACUAGCAGGCUGUCUUUGCACAGUGUCAGCAGUGUGGUCCGGAGGUCGCCUGAAGUCCCAGAUGAUAGUAACUCAUCUCUUCCCUCAACACCCUCAGUGCAGGAGCAGCAGGGGCCAGUCCACUGCUGCAGAAUGCUGCUGGGAGAUUCUCUCUGCCAAGGUUGAUAACAUUAGCAGAGCUAACGUUAGCUGUUCCACUGACAGCUGAUGAAUUACUCUCAAUAGCUGAGCUGUUCUUCUUGCAAUUUGUUCCCUGAUCUAAGCAGCUGGUAACCAAAGUGAAGAAAUGAUCUAUAUUCAAUCUAUACCGUAUGUAUGAUGUCCCAGUCUUGUUAUUUUCUGUUUGAUGGCCCUUUUUAGCUGCCAUCCUAAUUUUUCUUGUUUGGGACUUUCUAAAUGCAAAGGUUGCUGAACAACAAGUUAAUUGACAUUACCUUUGACUUGUCUUGCGCAAGCUGACCAAUGAGGAGGGGUAUGUCAGCUCACAAUGGCACUGUGAGAAAAGCUGCGGUGGCAUGAGCCAAGAGGCUGAAGAAAAGCAAGGUCUAACCUGAUUCUUUUGGUUGGAUACCAAUUACCUUGGGCCCCCUAUGGAUCCCUGGUCCAGUUGCUUUUAUGGUUAAUCCAGCCUUGGUCAGCUGGACUGAAUAAUGAUGAUGGAUGA